CUCUGCUCCUUAACCAUUUCAGUGAAAGCUUUGUUUCUUUCUUCUUCAUCUUCUAUCUCGCUCCAUUUACUCGGCGAUUCCAGAAUUGGUCUCUUUUCUCCAAUUUUCUUUUCAUCUUGGUAUCGGUUUUCAUUCUCCAAUCUUUGUUUAAAAUUAUCGUUCAUGGUUGUAUAUUCCUGGAAUAUUUUUGUUUUUUCCGCUAAUCUGAUAAUUUUUUGUCCUAAAUGGAAAAAAUUAUUUUUCUCCAUUGCCCAAUCUUUAGCUUUCUCCAUUGAAUCAAUCUUAUUCUCCUUGCUCACUAAACGCAGGGCCUCUGUAUUAAUUCUUUCCCAUUCCAUUGCGUUGGACAUUUGAUCGAAGACAUCUUUCACUUCCAUUAAUUUGUCGACUAAACUACCAUUGUGGGUUGAUUCUUGAUACUGAACAUAUUUGAUUUUAUUCGUUGUUCUGUAAUCUUUUAUGAUAUCAACCGCUUCUUCAGGCGCUACGUUAUCUUUCUUCAAUUGUUGCCCCUUGUUUUCUGAAGUGUCUUUAUGAUCUGGAGUAUUCUCUUCUCCUACUCUCCAUUUUUUGAUCAUCUCGACAACUUCGUUUUCGUCUGGUAUUUUGCUAAUCCUUAGUGGCUUAUCCGCUUUUGAUGGAUGUAAUAAGCUUUCUUUUCGUGAGGCG